UAAUAAAGAGAAAUGAGUUGGUUCAAGAAUGCAAUCAUGGAACUUGCGGCUCGCAAUGGUCACAUCGAGAUUGUUAAGCUGUGCAAAGGGUGGGGUGCGACAGACUUUAAUAGGGCUCUACGAAAUGCAGCUCUCAACGGUUACAUAGAUAUUGUUAAAAUGUGCAAAGAGUGGGGUGCGACGAACUUUGAUUUGGCUCUAGAACUUGCAGCUGAAAAGGGUCACAUAGAGAUUGUUAAAAUGUGCAAAGAGUGGGGUGCGACGAACUUUAAUUGGGCCAUUCUUAAUGCACCUCGCAAUGGUCACAUCGAGAUUGUUAAGCUGUGCAAAGAGUGGGGUGCGACAGAUUUAAAUUUGACUAUGGAAAUUGCAGCUUGCAAUGGUCACAUCGAGAUUGUUGUAUUGCCGCGUGGUUUUGAUGUAAUUCAUGAUGAAUUGCUGCGACAUCAUCACAAGCGUAAUUUUUAUGCAAAAAUAUGGAAUGAGGUAAUGCCAGUGGCGUGGCAUCCGGAUCGAUAUUGGAAUUGGUGUGUAGACGAGGAAGAAAAGCGCGAGAUCUCUAAAUUAUGGAAGUAAUGUCCAGUAUUUUGAUCCUGGUUGAAGAUCAAAAUACUGGACAUUACUUCCAUAAUUUAGAGAUCUCGCGCCUUUCUUCCUCAUCUAAACACCAAUUCCAAUAUCGAUCCGGAUGCCACGCCACUGGCAUUACCUCAUUCCAUAUUUUUGCAUAAAAAUUACGCU